GAAAUGGGUUCAAAAGAGCAAAAGGAAAGGGGGAGGGGAGAAUUUAAAAAAUGCCCAUCUCCUCAACACCAUCUUUGUGCGGGUGUCUGGGGGAGGAUGGCAGGGCGGAGUCAUCUGUCAGCCAAGCCUGUAGGACUCGGUUCUUGUUUAUUCCACUCACAUUUGGGGCCGCUGCCAGGACCCGCCCCCUCCGCAGUCACUGGAAGAACUGGAAGUCCAGUGUUCCUGCUAAGACUUGGUGCAUUUUCUUUGGCUGCUCCUAGCUGGGUGUUUGCUGAGGUCUAGCCUGGGAGGGGUCUAGCCAACGUCCAGCCUGAACAGAGAGCCAGCCCGUCGCCAUGCCGGCUUGCUGCAGCUGGAGUGACGUCUUGCAGUAUGAGACGAACAAAGUCACCCGGAUCCAGAGCAUGAAUUAUGGCACCAUCAAGUGGCUCCUGCACGUGAUCGUCUUUUCUUACGUGAGCUUUGCUUUGGUGAGUGACAAGCUGUAUCAGCGGAAAGAAUCUGUUAUCAGCUCCGUGCACACCAAGGUCAAAGGGAUCGCAGAGGUGACCGAGAAUGUCACGGAGGGUGGGGUGCUGAAGUCACUGCACAGCGUCUUUGAUACCGCAGACUACACCUUCCCUUUGCAGGGGAACUCGUUCUUCGUAAUGACCAAUUUUCUCAAGUCAGAAGGCCAAGAACAAAAGCGGUGUCCUGAGUAUCCCCGCCGAGGUGCGCAGUGUGAUUCUAACAAGGACUGUAAAGAGGGGUGGAUGGACCCGCAAAGUAAAGGAAUCCAGACUGGCAAGUGUAUACCCUAUGACGAUAAGAACAAGAAGGAGAAGACCUGUGAAGUCUUUGCUUGGUGUCCCACUGAGGAGGGGAAAGAAGCCCCCCGGCCUGCACUCCUGAGGAGUGCAGAAAACUUCACUGUACUCAUCAAGAACAACAUCGACUUCCCCGGCCACAACUACACGACGAGAAACAUCUUGCCAGAUACGGGCAUCCUUUGCACCUUUCAUAAGAUUCACAACCCUCAGUGUCCCAUUUUCCGACUCGGGGACAUCUUCCAGGAAGCAGGAGAGAACUUUUCAGAGGUGGCAGUCCAGGGAGGAAUCAUGGGCAUUGAGAUCUACUGGGACUGCAACUUGGACAGCUGGUCCCAUCACUGUUAUCCCAGAUACAGCUUCCGCCGCCUGGAUGACAAGUACACCAACGAGUCCUUGGUCCCUGGCUACAACUUCAGGUACGCCAAGUACUACAAGGAAAACAACGUGGAAAAGCGGACUCUGAUCAAAGCCUAUGGGAUCCGUUUUGACAUCCUGGUGUUCGGCACUGGAGGAAAAUUUGACAUCAUCCAGCUGGUUGUGUACAUUGGAUCCACACUGUCCUACUUUGGCUUGGCCACUGUUUUCAUUGACUUGCUCAUCAACACCUACUCCAGUGCCUUCUGCAGGUCCAGCGUUUACCCCUAUUGUACAUGCUGCGAACCUUGUGCAGUCAACGAGUACUACUACAGGAAAAAGUGUGAGUCGGUGGUGGAGCCGAAGCGGACAUUAAAGUAUGUGUCCUUUGUGGACGAACCCUACAUUCGGAUGGUGGACCAGCAGCUACUCGGGAAGAGUCUGCAGGUUGUCAAAGGCCAAGAAGUUCCAAGGCCUCGGAUGGACAUCACGAACCUGUCUAGGCUGUCCCUGUCUCUCCACGACUCGCCUCCCGUUCCCGGACAACCCGAGGAAAUGCAGCUGCUUCGGGAAGAGGUGGCCCCCAGGUCCGGGGACAGCCCAGGCUGGUGCCAGUGUGGAAACUGCCUCCCGUCUCGUCUACCAGAGAAUCGCAGGGCCCUGGAGGAGCUGUGCUGCCGGAGGAAGCGGGGGCCCUGCAUCACCACCUCGGAGCUCUUCCGGAAGCUCGUGCUGUCCAGGCAGACCCUGCAGCUCCUCCUGCUCUACCAGGAGCCCUUGCUGGGGCUGGAGGAAGAGGUCGGCAACCGCAGGCUGCGGCACUGCGCGUACGGGUGCUAUGCCCUCUGGCGCUUCGGCUCCCAGGACAUGGCUGACUUUGCCAUCCUGCCCAGCUGCUGUCGCUGGCGGAUCCGGAAGGAGUUCCCCAAGACUGAGGGGCAGUACAGUGGCUUCAAGUGUCCCUACUGACAGUCCAGCUGGCACAUUAUGGUGGCUCCUCGGACAGCUUCUCUCGUAAAGACCUAGAGCCACGUUUUCAGACAAAGGGAACUUAGCUUCCCUCUCGCUCCUUGUGUGUUGAAGACCUGAUUAGACCAACCCACAGGCGCACCAGCCCUCGCCACAUGAAUGAGAACCAGAUGCAGAUCUGAGCCUGGAGUCCGAUCCUGCCACCCUCAACCUUGAAUGUGUACAGAGGGUCCUCAUUUCCCAGCCUGCUUUCUCUGAAUUAGCUUGAGAGCAGAUUGAGAUGGUGUAGGCGAUCUCUUGUAAAUGUUUACGUCGCUCCAUGGAUGCAAAGGUCCAACCCUAAAAACUAAACCUUUGGCAUUUGAGAAUGCCCUGAGAGAUUAAAGAUGGCCACAGAUUCUUUGACACCCACCCCCACAACCCUCAAGACCCCAAAACAUUUGUUUCCCCCUCCCCAUUAUGGGCAGCUCUGGUGGCUUCAUCCAGUAGUGGAUGUGACAUUGCAUCUAUUUCAGGACCUUGUUUUAAGAGGCUAACAGCUUCCACUUCCUGCCCUUGGAACUCUUGCUGAGGGGAAGCCAGCCCAAGUUCAGAGUCUGACUCUAGGAGGCUUCUCUGUUGUGAGGAAGCCUGAGCAGCCCCACGGAGAAGUACCCAACCUGCUGCCAGCUCAUCGCCUUGAAGCCCAGUCACCACACAGGGAGAGAGGCUGCCUUGGGAGAUUCUAGCCCCUACUAACACGUGACUGGAACUGCAGGAGUCAGGCCAAGCUCGAACUGCCCAGUCCACCCAGAGGUCGGCCCUCCUGUCCUAAGUCAUUACAUUUGGGGGGAGGGGGCUGGCACACAGCAAUAGGUAACUGGAACAAGAAGUGGACAUGGAGGCCUGGGGUCACCGCAAAAUGUAACACUCUACUGGGUAGUUGUAAGAGGAUUCGUUAACCCAGCCCAGAAGUCAUGACAUCUAACGUAUACAAGAUAGAGUCUGGUCCUCAUUGCUAGCCUAUGGUUCUAAGUGACUAUUGUCAGAAACUGGUAAAAGCCACCUCUGUGCCUUUAACAUCCUGGACUUUACAGCCAACGAGUGUGGAGGCAAUCUGAGUGCUACUUUAUUUUUUUUUUUUUAUUUAAUUUUUUUUUUUUUUUUUUUUGGCGCCGAAACCCGGGAUCGAACCAGGGACCUGAGUGGUACUUUAAAAGGCAGCCCAAACUGCCAAGUGCAGAGCCAUCCCAGUGCCCAGAAGGCCGAGGCAGGAAGGUGGAGUGUUUGACCUGCAUGUACGUCUGUACACCCCACAUGUCUGGUGCCUGUGGGGGUCGGAAGAGGGUAUCAGAGCCCCUGGAGUUGCACAUGGUCGUGAGCUACCAUGUGGGUGCUGGAAACCGAACCUGAGUCCUCCGCAAGAGCAACAAGUGCCCUUAACCACUGAGCCACCUCUCCAGCUUCAAAACCACGUCCUUAAGAAAAAUAAUCGUAAUCAUAAUAAUUAAAAAAGGGGGAAGAGAGAUGGUUCAGAGGGCAAUGGCAUUUUCUGCACAAGCAAGAGGACCUGAGUUUGGAUCACAGCAUCCACAUAAAGAGCUGGUUCAGAGGGUGAAAGAGCCUGCCACGCAUUCUCAUGACCUGAGCUCAACCCCUGAAAUCUGUAGGGGAAGUGGAGAACCAACUCCUAAAAGUUGUUCUCUGACCUCCACAUGUGCCCCCCCACACACACACCAUACGUGCACACUGAUAAUAAAUAAAAUAAUUUAAUUUUUAAAGAAAAAGCCAGUACCCUUCACUCUCUUCUGCAACUGCUAAGCACUAAGAGUGGACAGUCACAGGUUUGGGGUCCCGCCUCAAGAUUUCCGUUUUAUGGUUUUUUUCAUUAGACAUGGCCGCUUGUUUCUACAAGACUCUUCCGCAGAAUAGAGACUGUGAGUAUUACUGUGACUGAUGAUCUGCUCUGAGACUUGCCAUUUUGAGACUUUUAAGAGCCAGAAGCCAUAACUAUAGAUUGGAAGGGUGGGGCCGGGAUGACUUAAUGAAAAAGGUGCUUGCUGACAGGCUGGAUGGCCUGGCCUGACCCACAUGAUGGGAAGAGAGAGCCGACUCCCCAAGGUGUCCUCUGACUUCCACACGCAAGUACUGGCCGCCCCCAGUACGUGAUGUAAUAUCGUACAUUCUUAAAAACAGAGACUUCUACUGUAGUGAUAGAAAACAGCAUGGAUAAAACCUAUUUUUUUUAAGCCCAGAGUUUUAUCUAGCUUUAAACUCAGGAAUCACACUAGUUGCACCAGCUUUGAUUUUUAUUUUUUCCUAUCUUUUUGGAGAUUUUUUUUUUCCAAGACAGGGUUUCUCUGUGUAGUUCUGGUGCCUGUCCUGGAUCUCGCUCUGUAGACCAGGCUGGCCUCGAACUCACAGAGAUCUGCCUGGCUCUGCCUCCUGAGUACUGGGAUUAAAAGUGUGCACCACCACUGCCCGGUUGGAGAUAUAUUUUUUUUUUUAAGUGGGCUGUAUUUGACCUCAGAGUUGAACUUUUUAGUCUAAGGAUUUUUUGUAAGAGCUACAGGCUUCCUGUCCUGUGGCCUCAGAAUCUUCAUACCUUCAUCUCAGUGCCUCCUUCCUAGUGUGCUUACAUUUCCAUGUUGCAGCCUCACAUAGUGAAUGAUCACUGGAUCCUUCUAGUGUUUUCUUUUGCCUUGGUCACUGGUGCUGUGGUGAGGGUGACAUGCUAUUCUGCAGCUGCAGUGGUCUGUGCAUCCUUCCUGCGUGGGUAUUGCCAUGGUCCAGGCCGUAAACAGCCCAGUGUGCAGGAUCAGUUCUUUGCUGUUAGCCACAUUCUGUUCUGUCCAUUACCCGGUAUUCAUGGCUUCCUCAGUGAGAAGGGAGAGACGCUUCCUGACGCAGGUGACCGACUUCAUGCAGCACUCAGGGUGGAUUGAUUCACUUCUCUCUUUAACGGGAACCACCUUCUAAACAUUUCCUAAUUUCAGGUUGGCAAUGUAAGUUUUCUUAACUAUUUUAAUAAUAAAAAUGAAUUUAAAUUCAUUUAUUUAA